AUGGGGCGCCAAAUUUCGAUGGGGCGCCAAGUUUCGAUUGGGCGCCAAACUUCCAACGCUGACGAUGAGCCGCCGAGAACGUCACUCUCGGGCUCAGUCUCCGGAUCGCCACUUCAACGCAAGGGACGCAAGUCUUUGACAAUGACUGGUGCGGCUACAGCUGCCAUGGCUGUCGCCCGGUCGCAGGCGUUUGGCACAAAGCCACCGAACGAGGAAGUAGCUGAUGUCGGCAUAGAGUUUGCCGAGGUCCACCACUACAUGUGGGACGCUGCAGAAUUCUUGGAUCAGGCAACGCAAGUCUUGGUUUGCAAAGUGAUCACAGAGAAGCUGCAAUGCUUCAAAACGCAGAAAGAGGCCACCACAAUAGCCGAACUGGCGCACCUGUGCAAACGCAUGGAAUCUUACUUGAAGGGCACGGCUCUGGAAGAUCACGAAAAAGAGCUCAGUGAGGUCAAGACCAAGCUCUUUGCCCGAGAGGAAGAGGUCAGCAGCCUCGUGGAGCGGCUGCAGGGGGAGACGUCGCAGAAUGAGCAGAAGGAGCGCAGCUUUCUGACAAAGCUUCAGCAACAGGAAAGGCUCCGCGACAAUCUGCAGCGCGAGCUGGUUGACACUCAGGCCCAGCUGGCUGCAAUGACCGCGCAGAAUCAGGACCUCACAAAGGAAUUGGGUGUCUACAAGGACUCGGAAGCGUCGGUGAAGAAGCAGAGCGCCGCCUUCGCCAAGUCCAGGGGCCGCAUCCUGACCGGGCAGAAGCCGGGCAGCGGCAAUGAUGCCGACUCACCCCUUGAGGACUUCUUCGCCCGGAUGAUGCCAGACUUGGUGCAGCACUUGACCAAGGAGCUCAAGGACCAAUCCUUGAAGAACCAGAUCAUGCCCGUCGUGCGUUCUCUUCAUCAGACCUGGAAGGCCUGUCGCACCAAGAGCCAGCAAACGGCUGAAGCCUUGGAGGAAUCCGAGCGUGAGGCCGCGGAAGCUUCCAAGAAGAUGGCCGAGAUGGAGGCUGCCAGACAGAAGGAGAAGGAAGCUGCCGAUGCAAAGGUCCAAUCGAUGAAGGACCGAGCCGAGCGAGCCGAGAAAAACGUCGUCGAACUCCAAUCGAACUUCAUGGACAAGAUGCAGCAGGCUCCGGCUUUCGUCAGCCUCCGCGAGGACUACGAGAUCUGCAGAUGCGAGCUUGAGCAGACCAUCAAGCAGCUCCGUGCGGUGCAAGAGGAGUAUGAGGAGAAGUUUGCCGAGCAAGAGGCUGACCGGACGAUUCUUCAAGAGGAGCACAAGAAGCAAGUGCAGAAGCUGCAGGGAGACUUGCAGGAGGUUGUCGAGAGCCAACUCCAUCCCGCGCAGGUGGCACAGCUGCGCUCCGACCUCAAGCGAGCCCAGCACGAGAGCCAGGCGCUCACCAACACGAACAACAUGCUGAAGGAUUCCCUGGCAUCGCUGCAGAAGAAGCGCGGCAUCAGAAACAUGGAUGUGAUGAGGAGGUGCUUGCAAAGGUUGAAACGGAGUUGCGUGUUGCGGGACGAUGUGAUGGUUUCCCUCGACUCGCCAUGGCUGCCGUGCCCUGCGGACAUGGCAAAUGCGACAUGCCGACCCAAGCAGCGGCAGCGCGUGGUGGUUGGGCCCAUGGUGUUCACGUCAGACUUCGACAGCGGCAACCAGUUGGAAGAAACUCUCCCUUGCGUUGAUGCCAGCUUAGGCAACAUGGGCCACGUGGAGCUUUUCGAAGAGCCACUGUCUUGUGCGCCGACCCCGGAGCUGGCCAAAACUCAGCUGGAGUACGUGAUAGAUGAAUCCCGCGCAACCCAGACCUACCCACAACAUCACCAGCCCUUUGCCAACUUCCAAGAGCGGAGGAUACAAAACGUGGUUCUAUUUCGGGAUCUCAGUGGCCGAGCCGUUCGGAAGUUCAUCAGGCCUGUGGAGCUGGCCGCCCAGCGCCUCCCCCCUCUACGUGAGGAGGUUUCGCUUCGGGAGGCCCGGAGUCGAGAUCUGACGCCCUCCAGCGACUCAGCUGCCGGCGAAGAUCCCGAAGACUUCCACGAAGGGCACGGGGACUCCGAGCUUGAGCCACGCAAGGCCCGGGAGAGGAUGGCAGAAGAGUUGCCAGAAGUGCCGGAGGGCGAGAUCUCUGUGUUCCUGAAUGUGCGGAACAUGAACAAUCAGAGCAAGCUCUACAACGAGGGUUACCGGCCCUGGUGCAAAGCCCCUGGCGGGACUUGGAAGCGGCUGCAGGACUCGCCCCUCUUGGCCUUCUCCUGUACCAAGCAGGCGGAGGGAUUUUCCAUCCGCUGGCACCAUCACUCGCGCCGUGGCGCGGGGACCACCUACUAUGCCUUCUGUGCACCCUACAGUUACCUCGACUGUCAGGGGCUGCUGGAGGAGUUGGAGGAGAGUUUCAUGGGGACUUGGACAUCCUGGACCGAUCCAUGCCGACCCCUGCGGAACCUCUCUCGGUCCCUGGCAGAGACCUACCAGCCGCGCGCGGGCACUGGAAUUUACCUACGUCGGCAGCUCCUCCACAAGUCACUACAGGGUCGGCGAGUAGACCUGCUCACCAUCACCGCCCAACCGGAGUCUGGGGCAGAGGAACGAGACGCGCCACCCCCAGACCUGCCCUUCGCUCAACGCGAGGUUCCUUUGAAAUUUCCAGAGCGGCCUAUUGUCUUCGUGUCUGCCCGUGUUCAUCCCGGUGAGACGCCAGGGCAGUUUGUGUUCCUUGGGGCUCUGCGGUUUCUGCUGUCGGACGACCCGCGGGCUGUCAAGCUUCGGGAUCGCUUUGUGUUCAAGAUGGUCCCGAUCUUGAACCCUGAUGGGGUGGCCUGCGGCCAUUACAGAACCAACAGCCUCGGGCUCAACUUGAAUCGCCACUACGACAAGCCCUCCCAGAAGGAGCACGAGGGCAUAUGGGCCACCAAGCGCAUCCUAGGUCACUGGGCCAGACAGAAUCGGCUUUUGGUCUAUCUGGAUCUGCAUGGCCACGCCUCCAAGCGUGGAUGCUUCCUUCUGGCGAACCGCCUUGUGGGCCCUGGGCAGGGAUGGAAUGCUGGCUUUGCCAGGCUUUGCCAGAUCAACUCGCCCUACUUUGACCUGGAACUCUGCGACUUCGGCGAGGCGGAUGAUGCCGAGAAGGAGGGAAAGGAUGGGAUGUCGAAAGAGGGCUCUGGCCGUGUGGCUGUCUACCGAGACUGCAAGCUUUGCAACGCCUACACUUUGGAAUGUAACUACAGCACUGGUCGCUUUACACGACCGAUGGCUCCCCUAACAGGCUCGAAGUUGGAAGAAUCGCCCAGCUGUAGCGCCACAAGCGAGGAGCCCGUGCCUUUCACCCAGAGCUCCUGGGGACAGGUGGGCGAGGCUGUCUGCAUUAGCAUCUUGGACUUGUACGGCCACAACUGCCACAGCCGAAUCCCGAACACGCGGCAGGCCAGUUUGCGAGGUUUGCUCGGCCAGACCAUCCGCCCUCGCACCGGAAGGACCACGAGGAUCAAAGAUAUCCUGCCGAACGGGGUGGGCCUGAGCCUGGAAGACGUGGCAGCACGCGAGCGGCCCUGCCGCGGUGCGUGUGGUUGGCAUGACUCCAAGGACUGCAGCGACAUAGGCGCGCACGCGCAACUGCGUGCCAGCCGCUUGAAAGCUGAGCCGAGGCCUGGCUCCAGGUCGAAAGAGUCCAAGGCUUCGAAGCCCAGCAGGUCGCAGGCCGAGGGUGACAGGGGCGACAGGGGCGACAGGGGCGACGCGAGGCCCUCCUCCAAGUCCUCUGCGCGGGAGCCGUUGCAGGCUUUGCAGGAAGGAGGCCGCAAAAGAACCCCCAAAGGACCAGAAGCCCUUACAGCUUCACCGGCCACACCUGCACCGCCGGCCUUAGCAGAGUCCAAGCUUUCAGGGGCCCCCGGCGCUCCCAGAGUCUCCAAGGCACCGAGGUCUCGGUCACUAGAUCUGCGUCGUGGCCAACUUGGGCAACUUGCACAACUUGGGCAACAGAUGCAACAGAGGGUGGAGCGCCUGCCCUUGGCCUUGAUUCGUUCCGAAACCUCCGACUCUGACAAGGCCGACAAGGCCAAGGAAACCAACGAGAAGGAGGGCAAGGAGGAGAGUUUGGUGAAGGCGCCCCGGAACGCCAUGCAACUAGUCCGGCCACAGCGCAAGCGAACGCAGUCCUUCGAGGCUAGCCGUAGACCCAAGGCAGUUUUGGAUGCCAAAGUGCAUCCGCAGUUGCUUCUUGAGAUUUCCAAUCGAACAGGAGCAGCUGUGACUGUAGGCGCUUGCUAA